CCUCAGCGCGGGGCAACGGCGCGAUCACGUGGGACAGCGAUCACGUGGCCCGGGGGUGGGUGACAGGAGGGGUCGGGCAGCCCAUAGGGACACCGCGGGGUGGGUGGGGAGCUGCGCGGGUCCUGAUAUGGAUCAGUGAUGUAACAGUAGUGUCGUAAAAACCGAUGAUGUCAUGACAUCUGCUGACGUCGUAUGGAGCAGUGAUGUCAUGCGCCCUCAUUACGUCACGUUGUGGCUGUGUUAAUAAAGGGGGAUUAAUGAAGCCCCGGCGAUUCCCUGUGUGCUCGGGGGGGCGGGUGGAGAGGAGGGCUUAGGUGUUGCCACGGUAACGUGACAGCCCGAAACGGGGCUGUUGUCAUGACAAUGUGCGGCUGUCAUCGGGCUGUUGUCAGGGCUAGAGGCCCGGGGACACCUGGCUGCAAGGGGAGAAUGGGAAGCUUGGGAUAAUGAGCUCCGAGAUAAACGCCCAGCUCCCCAUGACGUCACUCCUCGCUCUCAUUACGUCACAGUCCCCUCGUAUCGCCCUGCGGCCCCCUUUCUCCACAGCGCCGCGCGAGGCUCCUCCCGCCGCACUCAAGAUGGCGCCGCCCCUAGCAGCAGAUCUGCAGAGGAGCACUUCCAGGUGACCGCGGUAGCACUUCCGGCAGCCGCGAUGUCGCCCAGCGUGGCCGAGCAGCUCCUGCAGCGUUUGGAGCGGACGCCGCCGGGUCCCGAGGGCGGCCUGUGCAGCCUGGAAGCGGCCGCCGCGCUCGGUCUCGACCAUCAGACGCUUGUGGGAGCCGUCAAGAGCCUUCAGGCGCUCGGGGAGGUGAUCGAGGCAGAGACACGUGCGACCACACGCUGGGAACUGAGUGCCGAGGGUGAAGAAGUGCUGCGGGAUGGCAGCCCUGAAGUGCGGCUCUUCCACAGCGUCCCCAGCGAAGGGCUGCCCCAAAGUGACGCCAUGGUUAGCACUGUGAUGGGGGGAUGUGGGGGGGGGCUUCGGGAGCACCGCGCAUCUCACACGGCCCUCACCGCUCUCCCCUUCACCCCACAGAAGCUGCCCGGUGCCCAGGUGGGCUUCAGCAAGGCCAUGGCCAACAAAUGGCUGCGCCUCGACAAGGGGGCACCUGGCGGCCCCCGAAUUUUCCGUGCCGUGAGCACAGUGCAGGAUGUGGUGCAGAACAGCCUGCGGCAGGUGCAGGAAGGCAAUGGUGACUCUCUGUCAGAGCGCGAGCGCACGGAUCUGAAGAGAAGGAAACUGCUGCUAGAAGUCACUCUCAAAUCCUACUGGAUCCGCAAGGGCAGCGCCUUCAGCACGGCUGUAGUGCGGCAGGAGACCGACCUGACACCAGAAAUGAUUGCCACGGGCUCCUGGCGGAAGCUCCCCUUCAAAGCCUACAACUUCUCAGCACUGGGGCUACCCCCCACCUGCGGCCACCUGCACCCCCUGCUCAAGGUGCGCUCACAGCUCCGCCAAAUCUUCCUAGAGAUGGGGUUCACAGAGAUGCCCACAGACAACUUUGUGGAGAGCUCCUUCUGGAAUUUUGAUGCUCUCUUCCAACCUCAGCAGCACCCAGCCCGAGACCAGCAUGACACCUUCUUCCUGCAGGACCCUGCUGAAGCUCCUGAGCUGCCCGCCGGCUACAUGGCCAGGGUGAAGAAGGUUCACUCGCAGGGAGGCUACGGUUCACAGGGCUACAAGUACGAGUGGAAGGUGGAGGAAGCAAGGAAGAACCUGCUGCGCACACACACCACGUCUGCCAGCGCCCGUGCGCUGUACCACCUGGCUCGCCAGGGUAAGUUCACUCCUGUAAAAUACUUCUCCAUCGACCGGGUCUUCCGCAAUGAAAGCCUGGACGCCACACACCUCGCUGAGUUCCACCAGGUGGAGGGGGUGGUGGCUGAUCGUGGGCUCACCCUGGGCCACCUGAUGGGCAUCCUUCAGCAGUUCUUCACCAAGCUAGGCAUCAGCAAGCUGCGUUUCAAGCCAGCCUAUAACCCCUACACAGAACCCAGCAUGGAGAUCUUCAGCUACCAUGAGGGGUUGAAGAAAUGGGUAGAGGUGGGGAACUCAGGCGUUUUCCGUCCUGAGUUGCUCUUACCCAUGGGGCUGCCCGAGAGUGUCUCUGUCAUCGCCUGGGGGCUCUCACUGGAGCGCCCCACCAUGAUCAAGUAUGGCAUCAACAACAUCCGGGAGCUGGUGGGGCACCGUGUCAACCUACAGAUGGUCUAUGACAACCCCCUGUGCCGCCUCGAUUCCUGAGUCCUGAGACUGCAGUCUCACAAUAAACUUUCUUUGUGCA